GAGUUGAACCGUGAUGCGGAGGGGUAUCGUUUCUGUUGGAAUCGUGACUCCCGCCGGGAGCGUCGGAGUGUGCGAAACGACCGAUGGCGAGCUGAUGUUUACGUGUUUGUGUGACAUGUGAGAAAGUGGUAUUCGUCACCGCCACGAAUAUGGGCAGGCAUACGUGUUUAAAACGGUGAUCUAUACAAGUUUUAAUUUUUCAAAUUGUUAUUUUUUAAAAAGAUUUUUUAGUAUAAAUUAAAAUCUUCUGGUAUAUAAAAUGCAGCAAGAGAACCAAGUGAACAGUGCUUCGAGUCCCAACCCAUCGCCCGCGUCCACCGGGGCUACUGGCACUGCUACCACCACAAAGACCCUGGUGAACGGCGGUCGCUUUGACUUCGAUGACGGGGGCACUUACUGCGGAGGUUGGGAGGAUGGCAAAGCGCACGGCCAUGGUGUGUGUACGGGGCCCAAAGGGCAGGGGGCCUACUCGGGCUCUUGGCAUUACGGAUUUGAAGUGUCUGGCGUCUAUACUUGGCCAAGUGGGAGCGCGUUCGAGGGUCAGUGGCAGAAUGGUAAACGCCACGGUCUGGGAGUGGAGACGCGAGGCCGGUGGCUAUACAGAGGAGAGUGGACGCAGGGCUUCAAAGGUCGCUAUGGCGUGAGGCAGUCGUCCACGUCGAAUGCUCGGUACGAAGGCACGUGGGCUAACGGACUGCAGGACGGUUAUGGCUCCGAGACCUACGCCGACGGUGGUACAUACCAGGGACAGUGGCUUCGAGGGAUGAGACACGGCUAUGGAGUGAGGGCCAGCGCUCCCUUCGGCAUGGCAUCGCACUACAAACCCAGCAAGGCUGUGCGUGCUUCUAUGACAUCGCUUCGGAGCGCCGAGGCGGGCGGUGGCAGCACUGUCGGAGGGGCUGCAGAUCCAGCCGCGGAAAGGGACCGGAGGGUGGACGACUCCAGGGGCGGCUUUGUACUGAAGGCACGUAGCGACGAGCCACCCGCGAGGCGGAGAUCCCUCGUUGAGAAGGGAUCCAACAUCAAGUCUAUCUUCUCGAGGAUGCGAAAGCAGCGAAGCACGGGAGACCUGGACAAGCGGGGCGGAAACUCUGCCAGCAUUCGGAGUACCAGUUCCAACGCCUCCUGGAUCAGCACGGAGUCUUCUCAGUCCGGGAUGACCAAUGCUUCGGUACACACCGACUCCAACGCCAGCUUCGUCGUCGAGGACGAACAGAUGGACGAGAGCGUCACGGAGACGUACAUGGGCGAGUGGAAGAACGACAAACGUUCGGGGUUCGGCAUCAGCGAGCGUUCGGACGGACUGCGCUACGAGGGCGAGUGGUUCGCGAACAAGAAGUACGGUUACGGGGUUACCACGUUCAGGGACGGCUCCAAGGAGGAGGGCAAGUACAAGAACAAUGUCCUCAUCACGUCCCAAAAGAAGAAACACUUGUUUCUCAUCCGGUCAGCAAAGUUCCGUGAGAGGAUAGACGCGGCUGUCAACGCCGCGCAGAGGGCUUCGAAGAUCGCUCUUCAGAAGGCUGAUAUCGCCAUCUCGAGGACGGCGACGGCUCGAGGCAAGGCGGAAAUGGCAGACAUGGCGGCGGACCACGCGCGAGAAGACUCUGAUAUUGCGAGGGCCACAGCCAAACAAUUUGCUCCAGACUUUCAGCAGCCAGGGUUGGACAAAUUUCGUGCCAGAGAACAUAUCAAAUACCGGCCUCCACCGGAUGACGCACUUCCUGCGAAGUCAAUUCUUCAAAAAGCCAACGAUCAGUCGAUCUUGCAGCAGCAGAAAACGCAACAACCAGUACAGCAGCCCGUUCAACAAAACCAGCAGUCCUACCAACAAAACCAACAGCCUUACCAGCAGAGUCAUCAGCCUUACCAACAAAACCAACAGUCCUACCAACAAAACCAACCGCUCCAUCAACAGAACCCACAGUCCUACCAACAUAACCAGCAGUCCCACUUGCAGAAUCAGCAACCCUACCAACAGAACCAGCCAGGCUAUCAACAAAACCAGCAGUUGUACCAACCCAACCAGCAGCAACCCCAGUUCACGCAGUCUGUCAAAUCUGCGCAUAUGCCUAGUAUAGUGACCACGGACUCCGACACGGGCAAGCCGUACAUGAACAAGGUGGACCAAGUACCGAACCGAGUUCCCAACGCGGUUCCCGCAGGGUCCCCUAAGUCACCACAGUUGCCUUCACAGAAUGAAGAGGGCCCCACGCCGGUCUCCUCGGUCAACAACCCGAACGUCACGUCGUUGGGCGUCUCUGCAGCCCCCACAGGGGGCUCCAACAUCUCACUCAGACGCAACUCUAGGAUCAAGCCCGCAGCAGUCCCCGAGGAAAUGCCAGCGUUCGGCUACCAACAGUCAAUGAACGAUCGUUUCGACCACUACAAGCGGCCACCCAGCCGAGACUCUAGUGUGGACCGAUAUCAGCGCGCAGCCUCGCGACUGGGUGGCUUGGGGUCGCGACAGUCCUCCGUGGACAAAGCUGUACCUCCCGUUGCACCGGGUGGUAGAGAGAUGUCUGUGGACCGCACGGUACGUGGCCCCUCUGUGGCCCGCGGUAAUACCCCAUCCGCGGGCAACGGGGCCAUUGUGGGCGCGUCUCUCUACACCAUUCCCACCAACUCGUCUGCCGCUCAGCAAGGACCAUUCGAGGACGUCGUUCUGCGCAACAGGACACUGGGGCAGGACAUCAUUCCCUCGCUGGGACAGCCCAAGAGGACGGAGUCCCUGUUUAUCAAUUCUGGCGGCGGCGGGGGUGUCGGAGGGGGCGGGGGCGGUGGUGGUGGUGGUGGUGGAAGUGGAGGCAAGGCGAUCAAGAGCGUGCCGGCCCCGACGCCACUGCAGCGUAAGAAGAGUCUGCCCGACUUUCAGGGACUGCCCAAGGCGACGGACCCCAUGUCCCGGGAAGAGGUCUCAGUUCUGAGCUCGGCGCGACGCGAGGAGGUGCGGCGGCAGGCGGAGGAGGCAGAGAGGUUGAGGGCCAACCCACUGCUGUACCUCAUCAGUCCUCACGUCAAGGACUGGUUCUCGAGACAGCAGCUGGUGAUGCUUGUACUCUUUAUCAACAUCUCCCUGGCCAUCAUGUUCUUCAAGCUUCUCACAUAGUAACGGCUGUUAUUAUUUGCUAUGGACUCUGCUGGUUAGGGCUAGUGAAAGUGAGGAUCCCUCCCUCCUUUCCCACAACCACUCUACCGAACUAGCAAAAUCACCUGAUGAUUUGGAGACAUAUUAAAGAUAAGUAUCACACUGGCGUCGACUGCCGCGCGGCGCAUAUUUUCACAUCAAUCGUUUCGUUUUUGUCAUUCUUCUUCUUCUUCUUCUUCUCGAAACGAAGCAUGAAGCAAAUAAACCGAACACAGUCUCGUGAUAUAUUAUAGAGUUAUGUAUAAUGUAAUUAUGUACCAAUUUUCUAUAUAACUCUCAGUGAAAAAGUGUCGCCCCUUAUUUGGCGAACUGCCCGCUUGCCAGGGAAUGAAUCGAAGGGAUCAAACGAAAUGGCAAAUCUCCUGUGAGACGAUGUAAUAUGAGGAUCUGUGUUGUCUUAAAGCCUUUUUUACUUGGCAUAGAUUAAGGAAGAUUCAGAACUGAUUGGGAAAGUUCAUUCUCUCUCGCCCUACAUCUUAGGAUUGAUCACAUGUUUUUAUUAUUUUUUAUAAAAACCUGUGGAGUGCGUGGGGUAAUUACUAUGUAGUUUGUUUAGACUUUUUAAAUGAUACUACUUGUAAAUAAUAUUGUUCCACUUGGGGUGGCAACUUGUAGGCCUACGUAAGACGUAGGCUAACUUCUUCAUGAGUUAGAUUUUUGAGAUAUUGAACUGUAUAAAGCAUAUCAAACGAUUCUCUGUUUCAGCGAUCGUCUAUUGUUAUUAUUUUGUCUAUAUUGGAGACAGAAGUAUUGCGUGCCUUUUUCUUAAAUUGUUUAUCAAGUCAUUAAUAACUGAAAAUUUAGACUGUAGAUAGGGUGAUCCUAUUUUCAGAAAAAUUAUAAUGAAAAACUCCAUCUUUUUCUACUUGCUAAAUCAAAACAAAAUGUUUUCUAGACAUAUAGUCUAUUAUUUACUCAUUGUGUAUUGCUUAGUAUGUAAAUUAUUGUUAUCAAGUCCUUGUUUUUGAAUCAGUUGUUUAUUAUGCUUGCUUCGUUUUUGUUACCUGCACAGAACAGACGAAAUAAAUUUGUGUAAUUAAAUUGUUUCUUAUCUUGCCAAAUUACUCUUGCAGGAUAUAAUUGUAAUAUAUGAAGUUGCAGGUUUAGGUUAGGUUGGUAGGACUGUUGCUGAAUUCCUGACAGGAAACAUUUUCAUUAGUUUCAUCUCUACUAUUAUCCUGUUUGCAAUUGCCAUGUUCCUUUCUCAUGAAAUUUCUGCGAUCCCUAGUUUAGUUGAUUUUCCUUUUCAGUGGAUAUAAUUUUUGUGUUUCACCCAGUUCAAGGGCUGCUUCCACUUAUAAUUUCUAUUCCCUCUUCAGAGCACGAAAGUAUGAUUAUUACAUCUACGCCUUGUGUUUUAGAGUGCAGAGUGCUGUACAAUGUCUUCAGUACUGAAUAAGAUUUGUUGAUGUUAA